UUGAAGUGGUGACUUUGAACGCAGCACACCUCUUUUACAUGUGCUCUGUUUGGGAUGGUAAGGAGCGGCACAAUCCUGAGUUCUGCUCCAUGAUAUAUGAGCAACAACAGAAAAUCACACCUAUUGAUUUUCAAGUCUAUGAGAUUUAUAUGGAAGUUCUUAGAGCUACAAGAUCCUCAAAAUCAUUGCAUAAUAGAAUGAUGGAUAAGCAGAUAUUGAAAAACUUCAUUGAUUCUCUCAUAAGUUGUCUCUGGGAGCUGUUAUGCUGCAGCUCUAGCUUUAUGGAUUCUUUGAAAGAUGAAAUGCGAAUACUCUAUGCAGGACUGAGGUUCUUGAGAAGCAUUUUAAGGGAGCAGCAGGAGAAGAUGGAUGAACAAAACGAAAAAAUUGGUGCUCUUCUUUGUGAGGCAGGCAUUAUAAUUUGCUUGCCUUCUCUAAACAGAGUGAAGGAAGGAGAAGUUAGCUUAUCAGAAAGAACAGAGGCCCUUGACUGUUAUGAUAUGCUGGCUAAUACCAACAUCCAUAUCAAGCAUUUUAAGGAUCAGAUCAGUGGCUCAAGCAUUAUUGAAAGUCUUCCUUCCUUUCACAGCUUAAGAGCACCAGAAGUUAGCAAGACUUCCAGCCACAUUCUAUCAAAAGGUAAAAUGCCAAUAGCCCACGAAGUCAUGGUUGGUCUCGAUGAUGAGGCAGCAAAAGUAAUUGAACGACUUAUAUGGGGACCAGAACAGGUGGAAAUUGUUCCUAUUGUGGGAAUGGCUGGGCUUGGUAAGACAACUUUAGCCAAAAAAGUUUACAAUGACAGUUCAGUAAUCUGUAACUUCCACAUUCGUCUUUGGUGCACUGUUUCUCAAGAAUUUAACAUGAAAAGCUUGUUAAUACAAAUUUUGUGUUCUGAUGGAAAACGGUCAAGGAUGGACAAAGAGCUUAAAAACUUGAAUGAACAUGAAUUGCUUCACAAGCUCUAUCAAAGGCUGAAGACGAAGAGGUAUCUUGUUGUUUUUGAUGAUGUCUGGGACAUUAAGGUUGAAUAUGGGGGGAAACCUCACAAUCUUCGUCCACUCAGUGAGAAAGAAAGUUUUGAAUUACUGCUGAAGAAGGUAUUUAGAAAAGAAGAUUGUCCUCAAGCAUUGUGUGGAAUUGCUACGAAGAUUGCCAAGAAGUGCAGGGGAUUGCCACUAGUAGUUGUUGUUGUUGCUGGAGUUCUGGCAACUAUAGGGCAUGAUAGUUUGGUUUGGGAAGAAUUUGCUGAAAGUUUAACUUCAACCAUGGUGUCUGGUACAGACCAGUGCAAGAAGUCAUUGGAGCUCAGUUAUGAGCAUUUACCGUAUCACUUGAAGGCAUGCUUGCUGUAUUUUGCUGCAUUUCGAGAAGAUGAAAAAAUUGGUGCCAAGAAUUUGAUGCGUCUAUGGAUUGCAGAAGGGUUUGUGGAAAAAAUUGAAGGAAAAAGAUCGGAGGUCAUUGCAGAAGAAUAUCUGAUGGACCUAAUUGGUCGAAACUUAGUUAUGGUAAGUAAAAGCAGAUCCAUUGGUGGAGUCAAAACUUGUUACAUUCACGAUUUGAUUUUUGAGUUCUGUAAGGGCGAGGCUAAAGAAAAGAAAUUUCUUCAGGUCCUGCGAGGAUAUGAUGAGCUCUCUACCUUUAAUGAGCCUCCCAACCUACCUCGGUUGUCCAUUUGCUCCAGUGGAGAAGAUUUUAUAAGGCCAAAGCUAUUUUGUCCAUAUUUAGGUACUCUGCUAUUCUUUGAUGCUACUCCAGGAGAUAAGUUUGAGUUGCGUAACAUCUCCUUCCUUUUUUGCAUCUACAAACAACUUAAAGUUUUGAAUUUAGAGGGCAUUAUGCUAAGGCUGAAGGAGCUUCCAGCUGAAGUUGAAUCACUUCUUUGUUUGAGGUACUUAGCCCUUAGAGCUUGGAAAAUGGAAUUCAUUCCACCAUCUAUAGCCAAGCUCUCACAUUUGGAAACCUUUCGUCUAUAUUCUCACCAGAUGGUUUCAUUGCCAGAUAGCAUCUGGAACAUGAAGAAGUUGAGGCAUGUACAUGUAAGGCAUGGCGUCGUUAUUCCUUUCUCUUCCAAUGACAAUGUUGUUGAAAACCUCUCUACUUUACCUAAUUUAGACACACUCUCUACUCUGCGUCUUUAUCUUGAUAAAGAAGGAGAGAAACUGUUGAGAAGGAUUCCCAACAUUCGCCGACUUAAAAUUUUCCAUUUGGGGGAUCAAAACAGAGUAUGCUGCAACAUGAGUCGACUAGAAUGCCUAGAGUCACUCACCUUAGGGGGCUUCUGCCUCUUAGGCUCAGUGGAACAUGUUGAGCUUUCUUUUCCCAUUAAUUUGAAAGAGUUGAGUCUUGAAGCUCUGGGUCUUCCCUGUAGAGAAAUGUCAUUGAUUGAACAACUACCCAAUCUUGAAGUCCUCAAAUUAAGAGUCCAGUCAAUGGAGGGCCGAAAAUGGGAGCUGAUGGAAGGAGGAUUACCUAAACUCAGGGUCUUGACUUUGAAAUGUGUAGCGAUUGUUGAGUGGAUAGAGACAGACCCUGACAGUGAUGAUUACUUCCCUUGCCUUCAGCAAUUAGAACUCCACGGAAUUUCUUAUUUGGAAAUUAUGCCUGCUUGUUUAGGGCGUAUAUCAACUCUUGAAACAAUUAAUGUGAGUUUUUGCGGAGAUGGCGUCAAAUCUUUAGUACGGGAAAUUGAAGAAGCACAGAAAUAUAAUGGAAAUGAGAAUCUGAAGAUCAUUUAUAGAAAAUAUUGAAGGGCCUCGGCUAGUGCAAAUAUCAGGGAGUGCUACGGUACGUAGCAGUUUUUCUUCGAGAUUGUAAUUGAUCAUCUGUAUGGUCUGGCUUUCUCUGGUGCUUUUGUGGAAGAUUGAGGUAAAAAUUGAAAGGAUCGAUGGCCUCGAGAGAACUCCUGCGUUUUUUGCGGGUAAGGAAUCUAAACACAUAAUUAGGAGCGUGCUAAAGCCCCAUGUCUUUGGAUGGCUACAUCUUUUCCUAUCAAUUCCCCUUCUUUGGGUGGCUCAAUUAGAUUUCAUUAGUUGGCUAAAUUUUGGUUGUAAAAAAUUCUCAACUGUUAACCGCUUUAAUGUUCUUCGGUUUCCUCAUUUUCCCGUUGUGUGUUGGGAUCUAUGGUAUGAUAGGAAUAAAUUUUUG